GCAGCAACAACAACAACAGCAGCAGCAACAACGAGUGCUGCAACUGCUAGCAGACAGCAGCCGGGCCAUAUAACCAUACGGCAUACGGUGCCCAUGCAGAAGCCCAGCAUCACCAUGUCCACAGUCCAGCCGCAAGCAAAGUUGCCAGCGGCUAUGGCCGCGGCCAGUCCGCAGUUGCCGCAGCUGCCGCCGCGCGUGCCCUCGCAGGCCUCCACAGAGAGCUGCUCGCCGCCAGCGAAGCUGCGCGGCCCGCCGCCCGGGCCGCCACCGGCCAUACCGCCACGCACGGGCGCCAUAGCGCGCAGCGGCUCGGUGCAAGCGUCGCCGAGCCGCAGCUUUGUGCGCCAGGCGUCGGCGAACUCAACGAUGCCGCAGUACACGCCACAGCCGCCGCCGCCAUUUGUCAUACCCAAGCGUUUGGCACGCGCCUCUACGCUGACAGCUGCAUCGCAGCAGCAGCACCACCACCAGCAACAGUCGCUGCACCAUCAGCAACAGCUGCCGCUGCACCAGCAACCGUUGCCCGAAACCGGCUCGAGCUCGACCUCGCACUCUCCUCAGGCCCAUCGCAAGCACUGACGAAGGAGUUCGUUCUUUAAGUUCAGCGGUGCGGGCGGCGGAGGCGGCCCCACUGGGGAGGAGCCGCAUCUGGAGCCGCACAGACGCGACGUCUGUCGCACCAUUUGCAUACCCUGGCUGUAAGCCAGCUAACGAACCGGGCAUGCACAGCUACUAGCUUCGGCCAGUCGAAGCUUUCGUAUCCUUGCAGAGUCUCAUUCAAUUAGUCUAGAAUUUCCUUGUUUCACACACUUGAUGUUCCUAUAAGGCUAACAAUCGUCCGAUAUGUAAGAAUAUGUACACACAUAUAUAGGUAAAAUAUA